UCAACGCUGAACUUAUAGUGGCUGUCGGCUCCAUCUUUCCAAGCACCUUCAAAAGCACGUUCGCUUUCCACUUCUCACGCGCCACGCGUCACUCUCUCAAACACUUUCUCUCCAUGGAUCCACAUAACCCCACGUGUCCCUGCAUUAAAAUCCCAAAACUCACAAACAUCGAAUCAUAUCUCGACGCGUGUCCCACUUUUCAGUUCCUAUAAAUGUCCCAAACACGUCGUGAUGAAAUCCAAUCAAAACAAAUCAAAAUACCAUAUUAUCCAAACACAAAAGUCAACGCAAACCUUUCCAUGAUCCGAAACAUAAGCCAGUCGGGUCGCCGGAUACUAACUUUCCCGGCGGUUCAUCCAUGCGAAAGCAUCGCUCCCUCUACCCUUCUCCCUUCACUCAUCACUCUCUGCAAAGCUAUCUCCUCUUUCCAGCACAGGUUAUCGUGUUUUCCUUGCAACAAGCGAAACGCGAGAAACGCUAUUCGUUUGACCCAUCUUCUCCAACCUUUCCUUCAUGAAAUCCGAGACUGUCAUUCGGGUCUUCCUGAUCCUGCAACUCUGAGCCUCUCCGAGCUCCAUUUAACCUUCCAGAAGCUUCUUUUCCUUCUUGAAGAUCUCUCCCGCGAAGGUGCCAAGCUUUACAUAUUGAUGGAAUCGGAUCGGGUUGCCACUCAAUUUCGGGUCAUAUCAAGAUCCAUAGCCACUGCUUUAGACGUUUUCCCUUUCGGUUCUGUGGAGAUCUCUGAGGAAACCAAAGAGCAUGCUUUGCUGCUGAACGUACAAGCCAGGAAGGGCAGGUUUGAAUUUGAGGAAGAAGAUAAACGGGUUGUGAUGAGUGUUGUGUCGAGUUUGACCCGGUUUGAGAACCAGGUUCCUCCGGAUGAGGGUGAUCUGAGGUGGGUCAUUGAGUAUAUUGGGGUUAAAGGGUGGAAUGAGUGUAACAAAGAGGUGAAGUUUUUGGAGGGAGAAAUUGGGUUUAAGGGCUCCGAUGAGAAGAGGAACAAGGUGACACUUUUGAGUAGUUUGGUGGGGUUCAUGAGUUAUUGUAGAUGCCUUGUAAUGGAGGUUGUUGACUGUGAAGAGAGUAACAAAAAAAUUGAGGGAAGGAGAGAAAAUAGAAUUGAAAGUGAGAUUGAUCUGAGUUUAAGUUGUCUUAACCCGGAUGAUUUUCGAUGUCCAAUCUCUUUGGAACUGAUGAGUGAUCCAGUGACAAUAGAGACAGGUCAUACGUAUGAUCGUUCUUCAAUUCUGAAGUGGUUCAGAAGUGGAAACUUGACGUGUCCUAACACAGCUAAAAGGCUUAUAACCACUGAAAUGGUUCCAAACUUAGUGCUUCGGAAGUUGAUUCAGCAGUAUUGCUAUGCAAAUGACAUAAGCAUUCCCUUUGUUGAUUUGGGUCGUAGGAAUCGUGAGGGUACUACGAGAGUGGAGCCUGAGAGUGUAGCAGCAGAGGGAGCGAUGAGAAUGUUGGCUAGUUUUCUGAAAGGCAAGAUUGAGAAUGGAAGUGGGGAAGAGAUGAAUAGAGGUGCAUUAGAAAUAAGGCUUAUUUCAAAAACAAGCGUUUUCAAUAGGUCUUGUUUGGUGGAAGCUGGUUUGGUUCCUCUUUUGUUGAGGUUGUUGUCAUCGAUGGAUUCGUUGACUCAAGAGAAUGCUGCAGCAGCCCUUCUAAACCUCUCAAAAUGUGCAAAGAGUAGAAGUGUGAUGGUUGAGAAAAGGGGGUUGGAAUUAAUUGUUGGGGUUUUAAAGAAGGGUGUGAAGAUGGAAGCUCGCCAGCAUGCUGCUGCUGUGUUGUUUUACCUUAGUGCUGAGUAUGGGAAUCUGAUAGGAAAGGAGGCAGAAGCAAUUCCAGCAUUGAUAAGGCUUAUCAAAGAUGGGUCUUAUCGAAGCAAGAAAAAUGGGUUGGUUGCAAUAUUUGGUCUUCUUAAGCACGCUGAAAAUCAUAGGAGGGUGAUCGAAGGUGGAGCAGUUCCUUUGCUAGUUGGUAUAUUGAAAGGAUCUGAAAAUGAAGACCUAAUCACAGAUUCUCUGGCAGUUCUAGCAACUCUAGCAGAGAAGAGAGAGGGAAUGUUUGCAAUUAUUGAGGAAGAGGGUUUGCAUGUAGCUGUUGAAAUUUUGAGUUGUUCAUCUUCGAGGGUGGGAAGGGAGCAUUGUGUGGGCUUGUUGCUUUCUUUGUCACUAAAUGGUGGAGAGGAAGUGGUUGGUUAUUUAGUGAAGAGUCCUUCUCUUAUGGGAUCAUUGUAUUCCCAACUAAGUGAAGGCACAUCUCGAGCAAGGAAGAAAGCAAGUGCUCUCAUUAGGAUCCUCCAUGAUUUUUAUGAAAGGAGGUCCUCUGGCUUUAAGAUUUCACUUAUUCCGCAAGAACAGUUCAUUCAUGUUAGGUAACCCAGUAUUUUUUGUUCACCUGGGCAUUCUUUAUUUGUUUGGAAUUGUAGAUACCGUUGUAUAAAUCUGCUUCUUUUUUAUUUUGUACUCAAUAUUAUUGGCUCAAGUUUUAAAGAGCUAAUAAUUUUAUCGGCUUCUGCUUUGCACUUGUACAAAUUACUGUACUUCACUGAUUUGUAUUAAUUGAUUAAGAGUUUAUCAUGUUUAUUAAUCAGGAAUAAAUUCGGCUUUGCCUCUUUCUUUUUUUCUUGUCUCCAAGACUUUAUGAUUUAUGAGCCUUUGUUUCUUUCUCCUGGUAUACUGCCCUGCAGCUGCGAGGGUGGAGAUGCAACUAAAGUUUGGGUUUGCUUUUGCUGAUUUAAGCUGAAAAGGAGAAAAAGAUUGUUGGUCAGCAUUGUUACUCUUUUCUUGUAAUUUGAUUAUAGAUGAAUCUUUUUUUUUCUUAAUUUAAAAA